AUGGUGGUAUUUGUCGACCUCGACGAUGCACUUCCCGAUGGAUCGGCACAUUUGGAGAAGCCAUUUCCCUUGAUGGUUGACCCCAUCGCAUCGGAGCCGGCCGAACUACCCACAUCGCUUUCCUCGCCGAAUGAAACGACCAACGAGAUCCUAAAUCCCAAUCGGAAUGGAUUCUCCGCAGCACUGAGUUGUUAUCCCAUCGUAAAAGAAAUCGCUCGCGCCAUCGACCUAAAUACCCUCUAUGCACUGUCGAACAUAUGUCGCCAGUUCCACGUAAACUUGGCGCCGUUCCGCCACCAACUAGCGAGAGAGACUCUCCGGUGCGAGAAUGAAUACAUCGAAACCCUAGCAGAGAUGUUGGACAGCGGCUCUGUCCUCCCAGACAGUGUCAAAUCAGUCAUACGACUACUAAGCCGUCCCAGCGGCGAGCGAACCCGUAUGACCCGCGGGAAGGUGGCCAAGUGCGCGCGCGACAUGGUGGGCGAAUGUCGACGCUGCGCCAAGGUUGUAUGCAGAAACUGCACAAUCAAACCUCCUUCCCAGCCAGCCCUUAAAAACCGCAUCCGCCGCCUCUGUCAACCCUGCGGAAUAGCGCCACUCUCCUCCCAUGUCUCCUACACAACCUCAGAUCCGCAAAACCCCGACCCAUCAAGCGAGAAUACCGUCGCGGCAAUUGCGUUCGCGCGAAACCCUUGCAAUUGCGAGGAAGCCGUCUGGCUGUGUACGCAGUGUGGAAUGACGCUGCGCAGUAAUGACACGACAUACCGUCGUGUCUGGGCGUGGCGCACGCGCUACAGCACGUACCUCGGCGGCGGACUGGGCACUGGUAUUGGUGAAGGCUCCCAGGGUGUUAAGUGCGGGCGUGGUGAGAAAUGUCUUGCUGCGCAGGAGAUUGAACUUGAGGUUGACUGUGAGGCUGAUGAGGGGUCUGGGUCCGGGAGUGAUACCAGUAGUGCGGCACAGAGUCCUGCAGCUCCUCCCUCGUUUGGUUAUGAGGGGAUUGGUGUCUCGGAUAGCCACGACGAUGAAGAGCCUGGGUAUUUCAGGCAGGAAGUUAUUGGGCUGGGUGGUAUUGUUAAGCAUAAGUCUAAAAAGAGGGUUAAUGUUGGUGCUUGUGUUGUUGAGUAUGAGGAUGAGAGGGAUACAGGGAAUUAUCUUGAGAGGGAGGAGAAGGGUUUAUAUCGUGCUUGGUGUGGGUGGUGUUCUAGAGUGAUUCCGGCGGAGAGCGAGCAGGCUUGA